ACCCUCAUUUUGCCGUGGGACCACCUGAACCCAGUGCCUUGACCCCUGGAUGUCCCAGACUACACUUUCUCUUGCUGUGUAUAAACAAUGCGCCCCCUGCAGGCGGCCUUCCUCCACUGCUCCUCCUCCUCCUAUACUCCGCUCUGACUCCACUGCUCCUCAUUCACUAGAAGAUGGCGGACUGCGCUCCACUAUUAGAUGAGGAACUCUCGUCCUUUGUCUUCAGUUACCUGACAGAAAAUUCCUGCAGCCAGUAUGGGGAGGAGGAAGUGUCUUCCGACCGUUUGGACACUGACUUCGCAGACAUUGACCUCUCCCAGCUUGACACCAGCGACUUCGACAGCGUCAGUUGUCUCAGCGAGCUCCAGUGGUGCAAUGAUCAUCCAGCCGAUGGGUCGCCGGCCUCAAUCCGCUGCAGUACAGCAGAUGAGCUCUUUGAGAUAGAAGAGGAGAAUGCGGCUCUGCUCGCCGCUCUGACCGACAGCCUGGAUGGCAUGGUGGAUGCAGAGGUGGGUGGGCUCUCUGUGUUCCCCACCCUGGGGGAGGAGCCUGACCAGGAAGAGGAGGAAGAGGACAGUCUUCCUCUCAGUGCCGAGGACUUCAGCCAGUCCCUGGGGCCCGAGACAGAGGACCCAUCACUACUAAAGAAGCUGUUGCUGACCCCUCCCAACGUGCCCACGGGCAUCGAUGCACAUAAAGAUGGAGUCCACAGCCAUCGCUCUAGCAACAGAAGCCUCCACCUACGGCCGGUCAGACCUCUGGUCAAGAGUGACCUUCCACAGGAGCGAAAGCCCCGUCCAGUGCGUCCAGUGGGCCGUCUGUGCACCGAGCUCCACCGCCACCUCACCACCACCCACAGCACAGAGGACACUCCGGCCCCCGACACAGAGGAUGAUGAAGAGGAUGAAGAAGAGGACGAGGACAGUGAGUUAGAGGAGGAGGAGGAAGGGGAAGAGGAGGAGGAGGAGGAGUCAUCCAGCAGCGAGGUGGAGACUGCUGUCCCUGCUGAGCCAGCCAAGCCUCAGUUCAGCUCAGAGAAAGAACUGCACUCAGUUGUUGAGCUGAUCACAUACAUGCACACCUACUGCCUGCCCAUGCGCAAGCAACAGGGCUGGGAGCGAAAGGACCGUGACCUUCCCAGGCCUCGGGCCCGACCUGAGGCCUCCCGCCCGCCCACCACAAACUCUCACAGCAGAGUUGUCUUGGUGGCCACUCCUGGGACUAGUGGGGCCAUGACUGGGAGGGGAAGCAGUGCCCCCAGGAGGCUCCCGUUUGCAAGGCGAAGGGAGAUGAAGGCCAGCUCCCUUCUCCGUGAGCUUUUGCAGCAGAGCAGCUGUUUUGAUGUGAGCAAGCCUUACAGACUGCACAGCCCACCCUACGGUCACUCCCACACAGGGGUACCUGCUGCUUCUGUCCCUGCUAAGUCGGCCCCCACCCAGUCCCCCAGCUCCACCAGCCCUAAACCUGAGGUUCGUAAAGACUCCUCCUCCCCUGAGAGGAGAAACCUGUCCUCUGAUGUGCCUCAAAGCCUGGAGGAGACCACAGAUGACAGUGGCUCUUUCUCAGUUCGGCGCUCCCGACGUCUGGCCUCGUUCCCUAGCCGCUUUGCCAAGAGGCUACGGCCAGGACGGGCGAGGGAUGGAGAGUGGAAGCACAAAGAGGAGGGGGAGGAAGGACGAACAAGGGACAAACUUUUGCCAACCCAAGCAGGAGGAGGAACCACGACAGGGACAAAGCCAGAGCAGCUAAUGUUGGGUGACAGCAGCGCCGGUACCACAGAGUCGACCAAACCCAGCUGCCACAAUGAAAAGCGAGCCUGCCUCUGUCUGCCUCUGAACCCCAAGUCCACAGGAGAGUCCCAGUUCAGCACCAAGCCUUUUGAGCAGACACUCAGUGUGGAUCUGUGUGGAACAGCAGGUCUCACCCCGCCCACUACCCCACCUCACAAAUCUGUCGAGGACGAGCUCUUCAAGCCAGCAGAGGGAGGAAAAGCUGGUGGAGGAACAGGUGGCUGCAGCAGUGGCGAUGGUGGAGGAAGCGAGUCUGUUCACCCUGCUUCAAACACAAACAACACUAGUGCCACAAAGAGCUCAUCCUGGCUGAGCCGCAGCCACCACCAGCGGAAGCUUCCAGAACAGACCGAGCUGUAUGCCCAGCUACGGCGCAUGGGCCAGGCUGGUGAUGGUGACACCCAUUGUAAAUUUGGUGACCACGACUAUUGUGCACUGAGCCUUGGCGAACGCCGCAAACGCAGUGCAGACAUGUUUGGUGCCAUGUUGCAGGUGCAAAGGAGCAGCGAUGGCCUUGGCACCUCAGCACCUGGAGCAGACGGCAAUCAGGUAUCUGAUGUGAAGGGCAAGGAGGAUGAGGAGACGCUGGUGAUGUCAGAAGGCGCAGAAGCACAGGAGCAGGAGACGACAGUGGUGAUAUCAUCAGACUGCCAGUCAGAAGCAGCCACACCACCAGCCUCAGAGGAAGAGGCAGAGUGCUCAUCAGCAUCUCGCUCACCCUCACCCACCCUCCACCUCUGUCCAGACUCCCCCGCCAGCAAGACAGACUCUAGUGAGAACUCUGAGAUCUGUCCCGACGACAAGCAGAGGAACAAAGCCAAGUCUGAUGAGGACAACUGCCAGGUGUUUUACAUUCACAACCUGCCGAGCAGCGUGACCCAGAACAUGCUGAGGAAACGUUUCCAGGUCUUCGGUAAAGCUGAGGACUGCAAAGUCAUCAUCUGCAACGAGGAGCGCUGUGGGGUGAUAAAGAUUCGCCAGUCGGGAGUUCAAAGACAUUGGAGAGACAGUGGACCUGCGGGCCCGAGGAGACUGACAAGGAAACGCUACAUAGACCUUGAUGAGGCAGGUCCAGGCCCUGUCAAGAGCAAAUAUGAUGCACUGGACUUCGACACUCUGCUGAUGGAGGCCCAGAAGUCCCUGCACCGCUGAUGCCACAAUGCCCGACUGGCCAGCCUUAGUAAACUGCAAGAUCCCUCCGACUACACGGCUCUGCCCUCAGAGAGGCCGCUCAAUACCUCCAUGCAAGGCAACCUCGCAAAAUGUUUACAUUUUUACCAUUGGAAUAAAGUAAUGAUAAAGAC